UUGGUAAGAGAGAGCAAAGAUUAGCGAAGACAUUGAAAGUGGCUUCAUUCUCGUGGAGACUACUUUUGUUUAUAUUAUUAGGAUGAUGAUUAUGAUGUAAUAAUUUAUGACCCUUUGUGGUCUUGAGUUGAAAUUAAUUAAUAAAGAAGAAAGUAAUUAAGAUGCAUAGGUCUGCAAGCUGGAACAGGUUUUCCGAUGAUUACUUCAAACAUGCGACGAGUGGUUCUUCUUCGGGACACAGAUCAUCGUAUUCUAUGUUCGAUGGAAGCCAUUUGCCUACUUAUGAUCCGAUUGCAGAUUUGGCAAAGAAAGAGAGGGCACGUGUGAAGCUUGCAGAAAACGCUGUGCAUCUCAUCCCUUUUGUUCUAAUUGCUUGUGCCCUCAUUCUUUGGCUCUUCUCAAAUCCAGAUGCAGGAACCAUUGGAGAUCCCGUUGGAGCAAGAAUUGAAGGAUUAAGUCUUGAAGGCGAAAUUGAAAGCGAUAGUGACGGAACUCAAAUGGGUUUCUUACCUAUUGUGAGUGCAGAAGAAAUUUCCACCAAAGAUUUUGGUGCUGGAAAAGAUUUACUAAAUGGAAAGAAUGUUUAGUUAAUUAUAGUUUUAACUUUAUAAGUUAGUCACUUUAAGGUGUAUUAAAUGACUAAGGUAAUAUUCUUUAAUUGUUUCAA